ACCAAUCAAGACGUAAUAUAUACGAAAAUAUAAAGGUCGACGUUCAUAGUAACCAAUGAGAUGGCGCGUUUCAUGCAGUUUGGUAGUGUAUAGUCACGGUUGUAGUUAGGUCUUUUUGCUUGAAUUACAACGUUGUUGUUAGAUUAAUCGUUAUUAAUAUUGUUUAUAAUAACAAUCUUCCACAUAAAUCAAGAUGCAGAAGAAGUUUAUUUUAGGUUGAUCGCUUGUUUUUGCAUUCUGAUCACUGAACGAUCACUAUUUGGCGCACGUGUAAGGCGAAAAAACGCCAUGACUCCAGGCAAAGCGAACAUCGAUAAGAAGGUCUUGCAGUACGAAACUUUUAUCAAUGAAGUCCUGAAGAGGGAUUUGCAGAAGGUGUUGGAGCAGAGAGAUGAGGUGUAUGAGAAGAUAGCUCAGUAUCUUCAGUUAAAGAAUACCAUUGAGAGUCUACAGGAAGCUGGUAGCAAAGAACUCAAGACUGAGGUGGACCUGGGAUGUAAUUUCUAUGUCCAAGCUCAUGUUCCGGACUCCUCCACAAUAUUUGUGGCUGUUGGCUAUGGAUUUUUUGUCGAGUUUACGUUACCAGAAGCUCUGAAGUUCAUUGAGAAGAAGACAAAUCAACUUACAAAAUAUACUGAAGCUCUAACCAAGGACUCUGCAAAAAUCAAAGCAAACAUUCGCCUGGUUUUGGAGGGCUUAAGGGAACUUCAGGGUCUCAAAGAUCUUCCUGAAGACAAGAGGAGAGAAGUGUUCUAGGUACAUUGAUUGUGCCUAACUGCGUUCUGAUAGUAGCUUCUUUGCUGCACAUUUAUUUUUUAUGGCCAAAUGUAAGUAAAUAAAAUUAUCUACCGUGUUUGGAUCUGCUCUUUUUUUUUGGUUUUUAAUUUUGCAAGAAAUAGUAAGGUGUUUUCUAAAUGCAUAACUGAUUUUAUACUGAAUCAUUCUGCAUUAUGGAUACUUUAAUAAGAAUUGAAUUUUCUGUAUCUGCCCAGUGGCCUUAGUAUACAGAGAAGGUAACUGGUGAAUGUUAAUGCUAUUAACCUGGUCCUUGUGUCUUGGUUAGAUUUCAGGUGCACUGCAUCCCCUGUUAUGCUAAUUGUCACUGUGUUAAACAAUGUGGAUGUGCGACUUUGACAUUAAGCUGGUCAAUGUCAAUAAUCUUGCCAAAAUGCGUGUGCUUGUAUGAGGGAAAAACCCUACUUGUACUUUCUAGGCACCCGUUUAGCCAAAAUGGCUUCAAGCAGAAAGUUGAAAAGCUGGUUUGGACGGAAAAUCCACAGGCUGGUGAUGGUAAAUGUGGGGGGGGGGGCUUUACAUCCUUUGUAUAAUCUGAGUGUGUUUGCUCUUUCACUUACAGUAUCAUGCUUCUUUGAUUACUGUUCAUAUAUUUGUAAAAAUGCAUUACGUAGUGACUCAAGGGUUUUUUUCUAUGCUGAUAAUGGACAUUUGCUUACAGAGGAUUGUUGUCAUGGGACUAGAAUCUGUUGAAAAGAAUUGGAAUAUCAAAGUAUUUAGCCAGUAGUUCCAAAAUAUAAAUCUUUACUUAUAACACCCUACUUUCCACAUACCGUCAGUCUGUCUAAUGUAGUCGAGGUCAGUACUAUUUAAAUAAAGAGUAGAUUGAAUUCUACACAAGAAAUCUAAA